GGGCGGAGGGCGCGGGCGCUGCGGGGGCGGGGCGAGGUGCGGGCGCGAACUCGUGUCCUUCCCGUCUCCUCCCUUAGGCCCAGCCACCUUGAGCCCAGUGCCAAGCUCACGAACUGCCGGGCCACUGGAAUUUGAUCACUUGUUGGUCUUUUGGAGCUAAGCCUAUAAGGGUUGGGCUCUCCACUCAAGCCAUCCUUCUCUGAAUAUAUAUUGUUGCUGAGCAAUGCUGAGUUUUACAUGGAGCUGCACUUCUUGAAGUAUUGAAGUGAAAUCAGAUGGAUGUUGGUGAGUACCCCAUGGCAGCUCUUGCUUCAUUUCACUGGUUCAGCGUGAACUCGAACCUGGAGGCCUUCUUCAGAAUGAAGAGGAAUAAUCUCUCUGCUGUGAGCAAACUUGCCCAGAUUUCACCGGCAGCAAAACAGCCCAAGCGUGGGUUCUGCGCAUCUUUCAACCAGACUCACAUGUGCACUGUUCGUCUAGACUGGGGGAGUUUACCUCACCACGUGCUGCUACGGGUUUUUCAAUACCUUCCUUUAAUAGAUCGAGCCCGGGCCUCUUCCGUGUGUAGGAGAUGGAAUGAAGUUUUUCACAUUCCUGACCUUUGGAGAAAGUUUGAAUUUGAACUGAACCAGUCAGCAACUUCCUACUUUAAGUCCACUCAUCCUGAUCUCAUUCAGCAGAUCAUUAAAAGGCAUGCUUCACACCUGCAAUAUGUCAGCUUUAAGGUGGACAGCAGUACUGAGUCAGCAGAAGCUGCCUGUGAUAUACUUUCUCAGCUGGUAAAUUGUUCUAUCCAGACGUUGGGAUUGAUUUCAACAGCCAGGCCAAGUUUUAUGAAUGUGUCAAAGUCUCAUUUUGUGUCAGCGCUCACGGUUGUGUUUGUCAACUCGAAGUCACUGUCGUCCAUCAAGAUUGAGGACACCCCAGUAGAUGACCCUUCACUGAAGAUUCUUGUGGCCAACAACAGUGACACCCUGCGGCUGCUCAAAAUGAGUAGCUGUCCUCACGUCUCAUCUGAUGGGAUCCUUUGUGUAGCUGACCAUUGUCAAGGCCUCAAAGAACUGGCAUUGAAUUAUUACAUCCUAAGUGACGAGCUCCUCCUCGCACUGUCCAGUGAGACCCAUGUCAACCUCGAGCACCUUCGAAUAGACGUUGUGAGCGAGAACCCUGGGCAGGUUGAGUUUCAUUCUAUCAAGAAGCACAGCUGGGAUGCCCUGAUCAGACACUCUCCCCGGGUGAACGUCGUGAUGUACUUCUUCUUAUAUGAAGAGGAAUUUGAGACAUUCUUCAAAGAAGAGACCCCUGUUACUCACCUUUAUUUCGGGCGUUCGGUGACCAAAGCCAUUCUCAGCCGGAUAGGUCUUAACUGCCCACGACUCGUGGAAUUGGUGGUCUGUGCAAAUGGGCUCCAGCCUCUGGAUAAGGAGCUCAUCUCCAUAGGCACGCACUGUCAGAACUUAACGGCCCUGGGCCUCAGCGAAUGCGAAGUCAGCUGCAGUGCCUUCGUGGAGUUCGUCAGACUGUGCGGGCGGAGACUCACCCAGCUGUCCAUCAUGGAGGAAGUGCUGGUCCCCGAUGACAGCUACAGCCUGGAUGAGGUCCCCACGGAAGUCUCGAAGCACCUGGGACGCCUGUGGUUCCCUGAAGUCAUGCCGGUCUGGUAACCAGCUGCCAGAGAGUCUGAACUUCCCGUUGGGAUUAAGCUGCUGUUGCCCAUGCAAAUGCAAACUUUAAGAUGCGUUGUUGAAGUAUUUUAUGGUAAAUGUUUUCUUGUUUGCCAGUUAUCUUAAAACGUCUUGAUUAUCGUGAA